AUGCCUCCUUCUUAAUUAAACAUAACAGCGUGCAACUGGCAAGCUGCAAGCAAACAAGAGCGACGGUGUUGGGAUAUUAAAGGGCGGUAGCCCGCGACGAGGGCAGUCCUGGAGCAGCUGUGGCAGCUCCUCGUACACACAGCCCUCAUCCCUUACUCUGUACACUUGUCUUGGGCCUCCCGAAGACAAAACUCUGCUGAGGCCAUGGGUAGGAGGACUUGUCUCCUGCUGGUGGUGGUGGUGGUGUCAGUGACUGGAGUCCUCUCUGCCGCUCUCCCUCACGCCAACGAGGACGACACCGAAGCCGAGCACCUCCUGAGACAAAAGCGAGAGGCCCAUCGCAGUGCCGUUGCCAUCGCCAGCAUUGGUAGAAGCGGUGGGUGUUCGACCUGCGGCAGCGGUGGCAGUGGAGGGUACGGCAGCGGUGGCAGUGGAGGGUACGGCAGCGCAAGCAGUGGAGGCUUUGGAGGUGGAGGCUUUGGUGGAGGCUUCGGCGGAGGAGGUGGCUUCGGGGGAGGAGACUUCGGAGGUAACAAUGGAGGAGGCUGUUCAGGAGGACUCUGUGGUGGAGGAGGAAGCUACGGAGGAGACAGCUGCGGAAGUGGUGAAUGUGGUGGAGGCUGUGGAGGUGGAGGCUGUGGUCGCAGCGGCGGCGGCGGAUUCGGCAGUGCGUGGAGCAGUGCCUCAGCCUAUAGUAGCUCAGGAUACAGGGGACGCCGCUCCCCACAGUCUGAACCGGUGGUGGACGAGGGGCAGCCAUCGCAGGAGGAUGUGACAGUGGAAGAGGAGGAGGUCGGCGGCAGGACGGUGCGUGAGGCCAAGAGAAGAAUACCUAUCGGCUCAGGCUCCUGGAGUGGAUCCGCCUCGAUCAGCGGCUCUGGAUCAGGGCCUGGAUCAGGGCCUGGAUCAGGGCCUGGAUCAGGCUCAGGCUCUAUUAGUGGAUCAUGGGGCGGGUCGGGGAGCGGAUCAGGAAGCGGGUCGGCAUCAGGGAGUGGAUCGUGGGGUGGCUCAGGCAGUGGAUCUGCCAGUGGCUCGAUAUCAGGAAGUGGAUCAGACUCAGGAUCAGGGUCAGGCUCCAUUAGCGGAUCGUUUGGCGGCUCAGACGGUGGAUCAGGCAGCGGGUCGGUAUCAGGCAGUGGAUCGUGGGGAUCUGGUUCAGGUGGAGGAGGAGGAGGUGGUUGUGGUGAUAGUGGAGGAUGUGGUGGAGCAGGUGGAGGAGGUGGGGCAGGAGGUGGAGCAGGUGGAGGAGCAGGAGGUGGAGGAGGUGGAACCGGUGGUGGAGCAGAUGGAGGAGGUGGAUCAGGUGGAGGAUUUGGAGGAGGGGGAGCAGGAGGUGGAGCAGGCGGUGGAUCGGGAGGAGGAUAUGGAGGAGGUGGAUCAGGAGGAGGAGGAAGUGGAGGUGGAUCAAGUGGAGGAUCAGGUGGAGGAGGAAGUGGAGGUGGAUCAGGUGGAGGAGGAAGUGGAGGUGGAUCAGGUGGAGGAAGCAGUGGAGGCGGAUCAGGAGGUGGAUCAGGUGGAGGAGCAGGUGGAGGAGCUGGAGGUGGAUCAGGUGGAGGAUCUGGAGGUGGAUCAGGAGGAGGAAGCAGUGGAGGCGGAUCAGGUGGAGGAGCAGGCGGAGGAGCUGGAGGUGGAUCAGGUGGAGGAUUUGGAGGUGGAUCAGGUGGAGGAGGAAGUGGUGGGUCAGGUGGAGGAGCUGGAGGUGGAGGUGGAGUGGGUGGGGGAUCGGGUGGAGGAGCAGGAGGUGGAGCGGGUGGUGGAUUAGGUGGGGGAUCAGGUGGAGGAGCAGGAGGUGGAGUAGGGGGUGGAUCAGGUGGAGGAGGUGGUGGAUCAGGUGGAGGAGCAGGUGGAGCAGGUAGUGGAUCAGGUGGAGGGUUUGGUGGAGGUGGAGGAGCUGGAGGUGGAGCAGGUAGUGGAUCAGGUGGAGGAGCAGGAGGUGGUGUAGGAGGUGGAUCAGGUGGAGGAGCUGGCGGUGGAGCAGGUGGAGGAUUUGGUGGAGGAGCAGGAGGUGGAUCAGAUGGAGGAUUUGGUGGAGAAGCAGGAGGUGGAUCAGGUGGAGGAGCUGGUGGAGGAGCUGGUAGUGGAGCAGGAGGUGGAUCAGGUGCAGGAUUUGGUGGAGGAGCAGGAGGUGGAUCAGGUGGAGGAGCUGGUGGAGGAGCUGGUAGUGGAGCAGGAGGUGGAUCAGGUGCAGGAUUUGGUGGAGGAGCAGGAGGUGGAUCAGGUGGAGGAGCUGGUGGAGGAGCUGGUAGUGGAGCAGGAGGUGGAUCAGGUGCAGGAUUUGGUGGAGGAGCAGGAGGUGGAUCAGGUGUAGGAGCUGGUGGAGGAGCUGGUAGUGGAGCAGGUGCAGGAGGUGGAGGAGCAGGAGGUGGAUCAGGUGGAGGAGCAGGUGGUGGAGGAUUCGGUGGUGGAUCAGGUGGAGGCUUUGGUGGUGGAGGAGGAGGAUUUGGUGGAGGAUUCGGUGGUGGAUUUGGUGGUGGUGGUGGUGGUGGUGGAGGAGGUGGGUAUGGACGCUAGAGGGACACGAGGAUGGACAACUCCUUGUGGAUUACAACAGACGGUGAAUGUGGAGGAGGAGCGGAGACUCCACAUCUGCCAGAGUCCAGUCCACACGCGAUCCACUCCUCCCGCUCCCUUCAUUAUGUACUACUACUACUACUACUACUACUACUCUCACUGUCUUGCAACAUACACAAAUACAUGCAUGUCUACACACAUAAAGCAUAUUUCCAAGCUAAGGGCAUUAAAGAAAACAAUGCUUUCAUCAAAUAUUGUUAGGAUGAAACACACACACACACACACACACACACACACACACACACACACACACAAAUACACAUACAUCUUGAUCUCCCAUCACAGAAUUACACGCACGCCGCAGUAACAACGCUGCACGCCUCGACUCCUCUCAGCUGGUUUACUGUUUCCAGAGUUACUCAUGAAAGAAGCAAAGAGAUAAGCUUGUGUUACGUUUUCUUUUCUUUUCCUGGUCAACGCAAACUUCAUGAAAUAUUUAAGAAAAAAAUAUUUUGCAUGUGAGAAGUCUCUGAGUAUGUAUACAUGAAAAAUACAUCAAAGGUACACAUAAACGACUUUCUCAGCAAUUUCUACUCUAUUAUUGCAUCGUUUAAGUUUUGUCAGGUUUGAAAUAGUGAUUAUCCUUUAUUUCAUGAGAUAAUACAGCUGGGCACAUAACAAUAAAUGUAUCAGAACAUGU